AUGGGUAAUACAGACUCAAAAAUUACUAAUGUUUACAGGGACUAUCUGUUUCAAUUGUCGCAAGGUGAUGCAACCAAUAAUAACGAAUUUUAUAUAGAUUUUUUAAAUGUUACCGCAAAUUUACCAUUACAUACAUUUAAUACAGUAAUUACAAAUAGUGUAUUAAGAAAAAUCAUUUCAUUAAAUCCACAAAAUUAUAUUAAAUUGUUAGAUUUCACAAUAACAAAUUUUAUUGAAUCAUUUAAAAAUUUUCAAUCAACACAAUCAACAAAGAGACAAAUCAAUUUUUUCUUUAAACAAAUUAUAACUUCAAUCAGAAUUAUUACUAAAUUAUCACCAAUACUUUUUGAAUAUAUUCAAGAAGGUAAUAAUAAUAUAUUAUUAAUUUCAAAUAAUGAAAAAUUAAAUUUACAAGACUUUUUCAUUAGAAAGGAUUUUAUCGAAUUUUGUUUACAAUUAUGUUUUAUGGAAUCUUUUACAAUACAAUCAUGCACAACCGAUCCAGGUACAAUUAAUUUAAUUCAAUGGCAAACUGGUAUUUCACCAAAUGUUGUUUCAAAGGGUCUUAAUGAUUCAAUACCACCAACAACUUUACAAUUACCCUAUUUAGAUAGUAAUAGAUUAGAAAUUAUAAAUUUAUUUCUUACUUUAUCAUCAUUAAAUCUUUAUACCAAUGAUAAACAUAAUAUACCAUUUUUCGUUAAAGAAAUGAUAUCCACGCGACAGAAUAGAGAUAUGUUAUUAUUAUUAAUGAUCUCAAUUUUAAACAUUUAUUCACAUUAUUGUAAAAAUAUUAAUGAAUUAAAAGUUAAUACUUUAUAUGAAAAUCCACAAAAGACUCAUAUCUCAGUAAUAUCAGGAAAUAAUGAAAAUAUAAUAUCAUCGAAUACAAAGGAUACUAAUGAUUCAUCAAAUAAACAAAUCGUCUCAUCACAACAAUUAAUUAUUAAUUUAAAGAAAAAUCUUGUAUUAUCAUCAUUACAAUGGUUUAAUCUAAUAUGUUCACAUUUAUCUGAUAAAUCAACAUUUUUAAAUGAUUUUUUGAAAAAUGAAUUUCAAUUAAAAUUAUUAUUAUCAACUGUGGUGAAAAUAUUUAAAAAUCCAAUAGAUUUGGCAAUAGAUCAAGAAUCAAAUCCAUUAAGUUUUAAUUCAGAUGAUUCCUCUUCAAAUAAUAAAAAUAAUAGUUCAAAUACAAAUUCAAUGGGACAAUCUAAAACUUCAAAUAAAAAUUAUAAUCAAUUAAAAUUGAAAGAUUUUACAAUUCAAUUACCAAAAUUAGAUAUGAUUUUUCUUCAAAAUUUAAUUUUACUAAUAAAUUUGAUUAAAUUUAAUAAAACUUUUGAAAAUUAUUUUGCUGAUAAAUUUUCAAAUAAAUUUUUAAUUUUUGUCAUUUAUUAUAUCAAAUAUUAUUAUAAUAUACCUCAAUAUCAAUCAAAUAUUAUACCAUUAUGUUUUGAUAUGGCAUUAUUUCUUACGGAUAAACCAUUAAUAUUGCAUAAACUUUUACAAACGUUUAAGACUAAUUAUUAUACCAAUAAAUUACCAAAUUUCUUUAAGAUUUCAAAUAUUUCUCACAUAGAAUCUUUAACAUAUAGAGAUUUUAUGAUUAUACAAUUAUCAAACCUUUCUUCAAAUGAUAUCAAGAGUAAUUUGAUCUUGAAGUCGACAUAUUUCGAAAUUAUUUAUAAUAUUUUACCAAUUAAUGCUAAAACAAUAAGCAAAAUGUCCGUUUCAUCAAGUGAUUCUAAUUUAGUACAGUUAUCGUCGGUGAAGAAUUCCAAUUCUAAUUUAACAGAUAAAUUAAGUUAUAAUGCAACGUUAGCUCUAUUAAAUCUUUUAUCAAAACUGUCUAAUAAAAAUUUCCUAUCAUCUUUUGCAAGCUCUAAUUCAGCAAGACAAUCUCCUUUGACAUCUCCUGUAAUAAAAUUAGACAUUUUAGCAUUAUUAUUAAGAUCGAUCUUAGUAUAUAUUACAACAUGUUAUCAGGAAUCGAAAAAUUUGAUAUUUUUAUUGACUAGACAUUAUACAGUGCUUUUACAAAUUAAAGAAUCCAUCAAUUUUAUUUCUACAAAUAGAAAUAUUAAUAAUAUGUUAUUUUUGGAAGAUUUGCCAACAAAUUCUUUAUCAUUAUUGGAUCAGAAUUUUGGAACGUCAAACAAAUCUAAUUCCGAUUAUAACUAUGAUGAGAAUGAUGACAACGAUUACGAUAGAGACAGUACCGAUUCAAAUUUGGAAAUAAAAGAUGAUAAAUUAAAUAUGCAAAAUAUUCUAGAUAGUGAAAACUAUUUGAUUUUUAAUAAAAAAUUAAAGGAAUAUUCUGAUGAUGAAGGUGAUGUUGACAUUACCGAAAAGGAUAACGAACGCAGUAAAUCUAAUGGUGAUGAGGAUGACUAUAAUAUGACAACAGCAAAUAACGGUAAUGCUCAAAAACGGAAUAAUAAUUCAAAACCGUCAUUUAAUCAUGUAAAUAUUCAUAGUGCGAAAUUUAUGUCUGCAAACCCAAAGAGAAAUGAUAGUUCCUCCCCCGCAACUAAUGCUAACAAAGAAUAUGAAAUAUAUGAGCACCCAGAUUACAACAAACAAUUGAUAAUGAAUAAUAUAAAUUUAUACCUGAAAUUAAAACCGAAGUGGCCAAUCGGGUUAACUGAGAAUUCCAAAUUAAAGUCACCAAAAAGAUCCGAUUUCAAUAACUUAUGGACUGGUGCAUCUACUCUUAAAGUUCUGAUAGAUAUAACAAAAGUAUUUUUGAAGCAAUUUCCAGAAAUCGUGAAAAUGUCAAAAAACUCGGAUUUUGUAGAUAUUAUUAAGAAAAUUGAACAAUUUGAAUCAGACUUCGAUAAAAAGAUUAAACGCGAUCUAAGGAAAGAGUUCUCCUUAAAUGAGCCGUUGAAAUUUAAAAUAUCGAGGAAAAGAAAUUCAAUAUUUAAUGAUUGGUUGGACGAAAUUUUCUGGUCAGAUGUGUUCCAAGCACAUUCUGCUCCUUACAUUGACUCUCUGUCGUCGAUGACAGACGAAUCUACUAAUAGUAAUACAGCUAAUGUUCAAAAUAAGAGGAACAAUUCUAUCUCCUCAGGAUCAAAUAUUCCAAUUUUGGAAAGAUGGUCUUCCCAUGGUUCACAGUUAUCGAGAACUCAGAGUAAUGGUAGUUCUGUUGUCAAUUAUUUUGCUCCAGAUAACAUUUUGAGUAUGCAGACACUAACUGAACGAUCCGAGACAAGUUCUCCUGACAUCGCCGCUACAACAACUAAUAUGGAGCUAUCAACCUCUUCGUCGGUAUCGUCUGCCAUCAGUAUACCUAUAAAUACAAACACCCAACCAGCACACAAUCUGUCAAGAAAGAGUAGUAACGCAUCAUCAUUUUUAUCUAGAUUUUCAUGGACAGGUUUCAACAAGAAUGAAAAUCAGGAUAAUGUAAUACGUGAAGAGACAGUAUCCAUAUUGGACGGUGAUACGGAACCGUUUGUUGUUGAUGAAGGGCUUUUCAAGACAAAUAUAUGGGUGGGUACUAACAUUAAACUAUUCCCUAUAACUACUAUUAAAAAGGAAGAGUUCUCAUUUUUGGAUAUGACAUCAUCAUUACUGAAGAAAUUUAGAUUUAACAGUAGUGAUAAUCCCGACGCUAACGGACCCAAUAGUCCUCGAAAUACCAAUGAGAAUAGACAAUAUUCUCCUGUGCUAAGUGCCAAUCCGUUUAUGGCCUUCGCGUCACCCAAGAGAUUUUAG